AUGCCCUUCCCAGCGACUCUUAACGCCAAACCGAAGAUCAUCUUCUUCACGGACUUCGAUGGCACCGUCACUGCGAAUGACUCAAACGACUACCUAACUGAUCACCACGGCUAUGGCGUUGCGCGCCGACUCCAAGGCAACCUCGACAUCCUCAACGGCAAGGUUGAAAUCAGGGAUAACUUCCGCACCAUGAUCGAGAGCUGGCAACUCUCCUUUCCAGAAUGCAUUCCCAUUCUCUGCAAGAAUAUUAAACUUGACCCGCACUUCACCGCCUUCUACAAGUGGAGCGUCGACAAUCAUGUUCCUGUGAUCGUACUAUCCUCGGGUAUGGUGCCCAUUAUCCGCGCCUUGUUGCAGCAUCUGCUGGGCGAAGAAGAAGGGAGAAAGAUUGAGGUUGUGGCAAACAUGCCGAUAGCGAAGCCGCCAGUGAAUGAUCUGAAUCAGAAGAAUGGAUGGACAAUCCAGUACCAUGACGAUAGCACGUUCGGGCACGACAAAAGUUUGACCAUUAGGCCGUAUGCGGAGGCGAUUGCAAAGAUGCCACGGAGCGAGCAGCCGACCUUGUUGUAUGCCGGCGAUGGGUUGAGCGAUUUAUGUGCGGCACGCGAAACGGAUCUGCUCUUUGCAAAGAAGGGGCAUGAUCUUGUUAAGGUUUGUGAGAGGGAAGGGUUCCCAUUCACGCUGUUUGAGGAUUGGAGCGAUAUCUUGUCCAAGACGAAGGAUAUUUUCGAGGGGAGGACCGAUGUCAGGAAAGUCGCCGAGCUGGGGAGAAAGGAGGCGCAAAGAGGUCCGGAAAAGGCGGCGCACAUGAAUCUGCACAAGGCUGGGAGGACUGAAAUGGUUCGAUGA